AUGAGUACUUCCACAAGGAUGGAAAUUGAUAUCCCAUUACAACACAUUGAACCGAUAGAAACGUCAUCCUUACCAACUUUAAACCAACAACAGAGUGAUGACAAUAUCACUAUGACAAUGGGACACGAUGAACUUAAUGACAUAUUAGCUAACCUUAAUAUAGACAAUUUACUAGAAAAUACCAAUAAUAUAAUAACCGAAAAUGCAAGCUGACGCAACAGUACAUCGUAGAUGCAUACGUAAAAAUAGAACAGAGUCGAUUACAAUUUAUUACUGAAACCAACCACGCAUCAGGCAAGAAAUAUUCCAAGGACUAAUCGACUAUUUAGACUCUAGACAACUUGAUGUUCACUAUCAACCAGGCAAUAUUUUCAUCCUACCGUCAACAUUCAUAGGAAAGCCCACGCGCAUUUAGACAAAAUUAUUUGGAUGCCAUGUCUAUAGUCACAAAACAUGGGAAACCAGAUAUUUUCCUAACAUUUACUUGCAAUCCUGUUUGGCCUGAAAUUAGGAAUAACCUAGAUACAAACCAACAUUCCUCAAAUAGGCCCGAUUUUGUUUCGAGGGUGUUUAAGAGCAAAUUGAAGGAAUUAAUAGAAGAUAUUGAUAAACGACAUGUCAUGGGAAUUUGCGUUGCUUACGUUUACGUGAUAGAAUUUCAGAAAAGAGGCCUUCCUCAUGCGCAUAUGUUGAUUUGGUUGGAAGGAUCAGAUAAAAUCUUGGACUCUGCAGCAAUCGACCGUUUAAUUUCAGCAGAAUUUCCCGACCCUAUCACGCAUCCCAACUUGCACGAAUUGGUCAAAGUACAUAUGCUUCAUGGACCUUGUACUGCUGCUCGAUGCUUAGAUGACGAAGGACAGUGCAGCAAACAAUUCCCGAAAUCUUUGCGUGAAGAUACAUUAUACAAUUCCUCUGGAUAUCCGCUAUAUAAAAGACGGCCAAUAGAAGUACCUAUACACAUAGGUAGAAGAACAGUAGAUAACGGUUGGGUUGUACCAUACAAUGCUUAUCUACUUGAAAAUACGAAGCUCAUAUUAACGUAGAGGCUUGUUCUUCAAUAAAAAGCGUGAAAUAUUAUUUAAAUAUAUAUAUAAGGAUUUGAUAGAGCUCAAAUUGUCGUGCGAACUGUAGAGGAACAAGACGGUCAAACAACAACUAUUCAGGAACCUAUAUACAACGAAAUUCAAACGUUCAUGGACGUUCGCUAUGUUAGCGCACCUGAGGCAAUGUGGAGAAUUUAUACAUUCGAAAUGCACGAUAUGUCUCAUGCUAUCAUCAAACUUACUGUACAUCUUCCCAAUAUGCAACAAG